AUGUCCCAAGCUGUCGGGCACUUUGACUGCUAUCCAAAUGGAGGAGAACACAUGCCAGGAUGUGAUAAGAAUAUUGUUUCACAAAUUAUAGGUUUGGAUGGCAUAUGGGAAGGAACCCAGGAUUUUCUGGUCUGCAGUCACAGGAGAUCUUAUCAAUAUUACGCCUAUAGCAUCUUAAUCCCAGGAGGCUUUGUUGGAUACAAAUGUCAUUCGACUGAGGAUUUUGUGGCUGGAAAGUGUUUCCCGUGCCCCACUGGAGGCUGUCCUGUGAUGGGUCACCACUCUCCUACAUUCAAGGCACCCGCUGGCACUGUAAACAUGAAGUUCUAUCUGAACACCGGCGAUGCCAGACCCUUCAUGCGCUGGCGCUACAGGGUUACAGUAACUAUAACUGGGGACCAAGAUGUGUCAGGCACUCUGAGAGUGUCAUUGUAUGGGACAAAGGGAAACACAAGACAGCAUGAAAUCGCCAAUCGAGUGAUUCCUCUAUAAUUAAAGAUAAGAGGUUCUACAUUAACAGUGAGGCAAUACCAACAGUGUCUGAGAAGCCUGUGUAAUGUCUUGGGAGAUGGUAUGAUGGGGACUUAAAGGACACAGUUCGUGUGGGA